UUGUGAAAUUCAACCAAAUGGAGUUUCGGAGCCAAUACCAGCUAAUGUUUUUGAAUUUUUAUUAAGAGGACAUGGAGCAGUGGCAUUGCACAUCUAGGACAUGUUUUGAGAUGUAACUGGACUGUAUAUUGAUUAUUACCUCAUCAGCAUCAUCAUUAGACAGAUGGUUUGGUGGUUGUGGGGUAGGGCAGGAGGCUAUGGUUUUCUCUAUAGACAUCAGAGAGGAUUCAAUUACCAGCAAAACUGUAAUCUGGUCAAUGUAAAGUUAAAAUGGGUGAAAGAUAGGGUAUUGGAUGCUGUCAUAGCUGGUGAGAGGGAUCUCAGGGCAGUCUGCACCAUCGUUUCCAUCAUAUCCUCUGAUCCUCGACGUUGUUUACCUGUUUACCAUCUCACCCGCUGUCGAGGACAACUAGGUCUUCCACAUGAUCUUAGGCUUUCCACCUUUGUCAGGAGAUAUCCCACUAUUUUUUAUGAAUUUCAAGUCCCUGACAGUGGUGGCACUCUUGUCCCAUGGUUCUCCUUGACUCCCGAAGCCCUAAAUCUCCAUCAAGAAGAACUCAAUAUCGUUCAACAGUAUCAGAAGGACCUUCUUGAUAGACUUUGUAAGCUGCUCAUGCUCACCAAAGAAAGGACUCUUCCUUUACAAACAAUUGACCAGCUAAAAUGGGACAUGGGUUUGCCACAUGACUAUGAGCAUUCCUUGAUUCCACAGCACCCUGAGUUAUUUCUGUUAUCUCGCCUUCCUGAUGAUCGUGUUGGCUUAAAACUUCUAUUAUGGGAUGAUCGUCUUGCUAUCUCGGAAUUGCAAAAAAAUGAUGCUUUUCAGCAAAAGGAGGAUGUUAAAAGCGGAUGCUUAGCCUUUCCAAUUCGAUUCACAAGGGGUUUUGGAUUGAAAAGAAAGUGCAUGCAAUGGUUAGAUGAGUGGCAGAGGCUUCCUUAUACUUCCCCUUACUCGGAUGCCUGCCACUUGGAUCCCCGUACAGACAUAUCUGAGAAGAGGAUUGUUGGAGUCUUUCAUGAGUUUCUCCAUCUUACCAUACAAAAGAAAACUGAACGUAAGAAUGUGAGCAAUCUUCGUAAACCACUAGCCUUGCCCCAGAAAUUUACGAAGGUGUUUGAGCGCCACCCUGGCAUCUUCUACAUUUCAAAGAAGUCAGACACUCAGACUAUUGUUCUUAGGGAAGCAUAUGACCGCCAUCAACUCAUCCAAAAGCACCCCCUUGUUGGUAUCAGAGACAGAUAUUCAAACAUGAUGCAAAAGGGGUUCCUUGAUAGGAGUAAGGGUUUGUACAAGAGAAGUGCUGAUGCAGGUUUGGAGGAUGGUGCAUUACAAAAUGUUUUUAUUGAUGAAUUUAGUGACAAGAGUUAUAAAUCUGAAGGAGAGUCAGAGGGUAUUUUGUUUUCUGAAUAUGAAUCAGAUGAUUCAGAAGCAUAAUAAAAAAAAAUAUUCAGAGUGGGGGAAGAUUAAGCACUACAAGGAGCAUUUGAUUCCUCUCCAGCACAGCACCUCUUGAAGGAUCUUGAGCAUCCACGACUGUGUUCUUUAUAAUUUGGAAUUGGGUAAAGCUAGUAUACAUUUUGUGUACAUGGACUCACUCACAGCUAUGGUUCCAACUAUUAUACAUGUUUUUUUACGAACUUAUUGGAAUUUGAUGUGUGUUCCGGCUGACUGGAUAUCAAAAUUUUCAUGUUUCUUUGUACACAACAUUGGAGGAUGUAAACAUCAAGGCACUUGUGGAUGAUGCAGAUUCGGAAGUGGGAGGGAAGAUGUUAGACUUUUAAUGACAAAAUGGGUGACAGGAUUCAAGUCUUUUUGCAGUAAAUAAUUCGGUUUAAUCCUUGAAGCUCCAACAUUAAGACCUGGUUCUGCAGUUGAGAAAGGAAAGCUCUCAAGGAAGAUUUGAAGCUCAAUCCUACUGCCUAUGAGUCUCAGAAGUACCUCUCUUCUCUUAUUUUGUCAUAGAGGAGCAACAUCCAACCCCAAGGGGUUUGGCUUAGUAGGAGGAGAGGCAGCCAAAAGGUUUACCACCCAAAAUGUUGCGUGGUCGAAUCCACGAAGGCCAAACGUUCCAAACCUUGGGGCCGCUGGAUGUUUGCCUGGUCGUUAACUUUAGGGCCUUGGGAUUAGUCGUGGUGUACAUAAACUGGCCUGGACACCCAGUUAUUAAAAAAAAAAGGAAAAAAGAGGACAACAUCCAUAGGUUGCUGCAAAGAGAAAGCAGGAAAUUACGAAGUUAAAGUCCUUGUUGAGUAAUGAAUUUGACAUGAAGGAUCUUGGAGCUGCCAAAAAGAUCCUUGGGAUAGAAAUUCACCAUGACAGGAAGACUGGAAAAUUGUGGUUGUCUCAAAAGGGUUACUUGAAGAAGGUGUUAAGAGAGGUUUAACAUAUUGAACGUGAAACCUGUUAGUACACCUCUUGUUGCGCAUUUCAGUUCUUCAGAGUUGCGUCCUAAGUCAGAUGAGGAGGCAAAGAAUAUGUCUCAAGUACCAUAUGCAAAUGCAGUUUGGUGUCUCAUGUAUUUGAUGGUGUGCACAAGGCAGUUGGCAUGGUUAGCAGAUAUAUGGCAGAUCCAGGAAAAAAGCAUUGGAAUGCAGUAAAGUGGAUCUUCAGGUAUCUUGCAGGCACUGGUGAUUUUGGGAUGAUGUUUGAUCAGAAAUUAGCUUCAACAACUGUUAUGGGUUAUGUGGAUGCUGACUAUUUAGAGGAUCUUGAUUCUAGAAGGUCCAUGACAGGUUAUGUGUUCAUGUUUGCUGGUGGUUCUAUUUGUUGGAAGUCUACUUUAUAGGAUACGAUUGCUCUAUCUACCAUAGAAGCAGAGUAUAUGGCAGUGACCGAGGCAGCAAAAGAAGCAGUUUGGCUUAGAGGAUUGGUUGGUUAGCUUGGUUUCAAGGAAGACAAUAUUGUAUUGCAGUGUGACAGUUAGAGCGCCAUUCAUUUGGCCAAGAAUCAAGUGUAUCGUGCUAGAACAAAGCACAUUGAUGUAAGGUAUCACAUGAUUAGAGAGUGGCUAUCUUUGGGUGAUGUAUGCUUGUUGAAGGCUCACAUUGAUGAGAAUGCUUCUGAUAUGCUGAAAAAAUUAGUUCUAAUGGAUAAGUUUAAGCAUUGCUUAGACUUAAUUCAUGUUCUCUCAUGUUGAUGAUGAUUGGAGGGUAGUGCACUCUUACCCAUAAAGUAGGUGCAGGAAGGUACCCAAUAUGGGGUAUAGUUACUUGGUGAUUGAUGACAUCUACGACCUCUUUUCAGGAUGGUUUAUGAUAAAUACGCCAAUGUGGAGAUUGUUGUGAGGUGUCUUGUAUUUAUUGAACUCCUAGCCCGGGGUGUGGGGGGCGGGCCCUACGCAACGCACCGUAAUGGGUCUGUAAUGUUAGUUUCGGCCCUACUGUUUUUCCCUAUAUAUUGUAUAAGUGUAUAUGUUUUAGGGUUAAGAGAAAAACAGAGAGAUGCGGAGUGUGUCGUAAUCCUUAUUGCGUAUAGUGGAUUUGAUCGUUCUCCGCCAUGGACGUAGCGAUUUCGCCCACGAA